CGAAGAACCAGGACUUCGUGAUUCCUAUGAGGUUCUCUCUAUUAAGGAACAAAGUGACCUGAGUGAACCAGCAGAAGUCCCGGACACUGAGCAGCUCCUCUCUGGUGACUCUGAAGACCACCAUGUAAAAAAAAAUCUGGACUCAGAAUUAACAAUGAAUACAGAUGUGAUAAUCUACAUCUUUCGUAGUGACUGUGUGGAGAACAUUCCUGUGUUAGAGAAGCAGGCUGACUGUGAAAAGCGUCUUUCUGAAGAAACAUGUGGGACAAUUGUUGGUAGGAAACGUGAAUUAUGUCAGAAGGCAGAAGCAGUCAUUAAUAAGAAGGUAGUAUGUAAAACAUGUGGCAAAAGCUUCAGUGAACGCAGUAACUUGAAGAUUCACAUGAGAACUCACACUGCUGAGAAGCCAUAUUCUUGUGGAACUUGUGGGAAAAGUUUCUAUAAACAGUGCAAUUUAUUGGGACACUUGAGAACUCACACCGGUGAGAAGCCGCAUUCUUGUGAAACAUGUGGCAAAAGCUUCAGUGAACACGGUUAUUUGAAGAUUCACAUGAAAACGCACACUGGUGAGAAGCCGUAUUCUUGUGGAAUUUGUAGACAACGUUUUACCGAAUGGAAGAAUUUCGCAAUUCACAUGAGAACUCACACUGGUGAGAAGCUGUAUUCUUGUGAAACGUGUGGCGAAAGCUUUAGUGAACGCAGUGUUUUGAAGAUUCACAUGAGAACUCACACUGGUGAGAAGCCGUAUUCUUGUGGAACUUGUGGACAACAUUUUACUGAAUGGAAGAAUUUCACAAUUCACAUGAGAACUCACACUGGUGAGAAGCUGUAUUCUUGUGAAACGUGUGGCGAAAGCUUUAGUGAACGCAGUGAUUUGAAGAUUCACUUGAGAACUCACACUGGUGGGAAGCCGUAUUCUUGUGAAUCAUGUGGCGAAAGCUUUAGUGAACGCAGUGUUUUGAGGAUUCACAUGAGAACUCACACUGGUGGGAAGCCGUAUUCUUGUGAAACGUGUGGCGAAAGUUACAGUAUGCGGAGUCAGUUGACCAUUCACAUGAGAACGCACACUGGUGAGAAUCGGUAUUCUUGUGAGACAUGUCGGAAAAGUUACAGUACACAGAUUUGUUUGAAAAUUCACAUGAGAACUCACACUGGUGAGAAGCCACAUUCUUGUGAAACAUGUAGGAAAGGUUUCUGUAAACAGUGUCAUUUGUUGGAACACAGGAGAACUCAAACUGGUGAGAAACCAAAUUCUUGUGCAACAUGUGGCAAAACCUUCAGUAAAUUCAGUUAUUUGAAGAUUCACAUGAGAACUCACACUCGUAAGAAGCCGUAUUCUUGUGAAACAUGUGGGAAAAGUUUCAGUAUACCAAUUUGUUUGAAAAUUCACAUGAGAACUCACACUGGUGAGAAGCCAUAUUCUUGUAAAACUUGUGGCAAAGGUUUCUGUAAACAUUGUCAUUUGUUAGAACACAUGAGAUCUCACACUGGUGAGAAGCCAUAUUCUUGUGAAACGUGUGGCAAAACCUUCAGUAAACCCAGUUAUUUGAAGAUUCACAUGAGGACUCACACUGGUGAGAAGCCAUAUUCUUGAGUCAUGUGGGAAAGGAUGUUCUUGUCCAAAGUGGUUGGAGAACCAUAUGAAAACUCAUAAAUAAUUGAUUUUGACAUUUUUGUUGGCGGAAAGUUGAGUCACCUUGGUACUGGGACUUUUUCUUCGAUUUUUGAUUUUUUUUCUUUGAUUUUCAAUUAGACUUUUUUGUUGUUGUUUAGAAGCUGGGUUAAAAAAAAUCAUUCCAGCUUUUGUGCAGGAGGGGUUGAAAUAUUUUCCCUUCAGUCCAUUUCCAGAAUGGAUCCACAGCAGAACCAUUGCGUCAUGCAGCAAUAGCUACAAGCAGUAGGUGUUUGGCCAUAGAUGUGUAUACGGUGACUAGCUUUAGAGCCCAUUGUAAAAAAAAAAAAAAAAAAAAAA